GAAACAACUACAAAACAAAGGAUAAGUGUCUCUGUCUCUCUCUCUCUCUCUCAACACACUUCCCAAUCUUCUCCUGCUGAAGAACACCGCCGUUUAUCUGCAACAACACUCCGCAUCGUCUUCUUGCUGAACUCUACCCUUCCUUCUCAUGGCGGUUCUCGUCUUCCUGCUACUCCUUUCAGCCAUGGCUGGUCGUUCAGGUGCCACGUGGUGCAUCUGCAAGGACGGCUUGAGCGACUCCGUUUUGCAGAAGACUCUGGACUAUGCAUGCGGAGCCGGGGCGGACUGCAACCCGACCCACCAAAACGGGCCCUGCUUCAACCCGAAUACCGUCAGGGCUCACUGCAGCUACGCCGUCAAUAGCUAUUUCCAGAAGUAUCGCCAGACUCCGAUGGCCUGUGAUUUCGCCGGCACUGCUACCGUCACUAGCUCCGAUCCUAGCCUGGCUGGUUGUGCAUACCCUGCAACUGCAAGCUCUACAACUCCGGUGACGACAGUCCCGGGUACUAACACCGGCGCCACGCCCACCACCACCGUCUCGAACGGCGGUUCGCCUUUCAUAACGACCCCCAACACAGCCGGUGGGGUACUAGGCGGGUCGGGCAACGGUCUAAGCCCAAUGGGAACUAACGACUUCAACAAUGGAGGGAUCCGACGCCUCCCCAUGGCCUUCCUCUUGUACUUCUCCAUAUUCGUCGCCUUCUUCGCACUACUUCUCUUGUGAUCUUGAACAUUAUCGAUGAACGCAAGCACAGCUCAAUAUCCUUAUGAAAAAUGACGACGACGAUGAUGGCGGGAUCUAGAGACAAACCCUUUGGCCUGUUUGUUUUUGGUUCGAAGUUGUUUGUUUUGGCAUAUGUGGUGUAUUUAGGGAUGGUUCUUUUUUCUUUUUUUUUUUUUAAUUUUAUUUUUUAAAUCUCUAGGACAAGAUCGAUCGAUCACAAGACCAUAUGGAUAUGCUUACAACUAUAUUUGUACGCAUGUAUGUACGUGGCUAAGUGUUAUUUUGAUGCAUUUAUUUUGUAGCUCUUAAUCUAGGGGGUAUUUACAUU